AUGACUGUUGCUUUAUGUUUCUAUUCAAUGCUAUUUAUGCGUUUUGCUGUUCAAGUAAAACCAAAAAAUCGACUUUUGUUUGCCUGUCAUUUUGCUAAUGAAUGUGCACAAUUGGUGCAAUUAGCAAGAUUUCUUAACUACAAAUAUGGUACACCACAACCGAUGAAACAAUAUCAAGUUCCAUCAACUGCUAGUAUACCAAAAACAAAUACACCAACAUCCGCUCAACUUACACGUCCUACAUAA